AUGCCAUCGUAUCACUCGAAGCUGGUCUGCGGCAAAUCGGUGGCCAACAUAGCGCUGCUGCCAUUCCGCACGAAGUUCAGGGGACCCAUACAGUCGUGGUCACCGACACUGCAGUCGCCCGCCGGUGGUGACCAUCAUGUGGUGACCAACGGUAACGGCCAUCACAAUGGCAAUGGUCUGCCGACACCGCCGGUCACACCGCAGGGCCCGGAGCUGGACAUCAUCGACGAGGCGUUGCUCUACUUUAAGCCGAAUGUGUUCUUCAAGACGUUUGAGAUCCAGUCCAACGCCGACCGAGUGUUGAUAUAUCUCACGCUUUAUAUCACCGAAUGUCUGAAGCGAUUGCAACGCUUGCAGACCCGGGAACAGGCGGUGGCCGAGAUGUACGCCCUGGCCAUCAGCCGCUUUGAUAUACCCGGUGAGUGUCCGGACCAGUUGUCUGGCCAUUAA